AUGAUUUAUACAAAUACGUGUAUAACAACAAUUACAGACUUUGUGAUACUUGGAUUUCCAGGACUUGACCCAAAAUAUAAUGCAGCAGUGUCUGUUCUUCUUUUUUUCACUUAUUUGGCUAUUGUUUUUGGGAAUCUUUUAAUUUUAGUUUUUGUUGGGCUGGACAAGAGACUUUAUAAGCCAACAUACCUGAUCUUUUGUCACCUGGCCAUGACGGAUUUAUUAUUUGGGACAGUGACUCUACCAAAAGCAAUAUCCAAAUAUUGGUGGGAUGACAAGAUUGUAUCUUUCGGUGGCUGUUUUACUCAGAUGUAUUUUGUGCACGCCCUUGGUGCUAUUCAGUCUCUGCUUCUACUGAUUAUGGCUCUCGAUCAUUUUAUUUCAGUCUGUUUGCCUUUAAAAUAUCCUGUUCUCAUUACAAACAACAAGAUUUCCAUUGCUUGUGGCUUGUCGUGGAUCUUCACAUUUUUUCGGAUGAUGAUAAUUGUCUUUCAUGCUCUUUCUUUGCCGUACUGUGAUUCAAACAUCAUUGUGCAGUGCUAUUGUGACCACAUUUCAAUUGUAAGACUGGGAUGUGGGGAGAAUGUCAGAUAUGUUCAGAGAGUCGCACUUGGUUUUGCUAUGUUUAGCCUGUUGCUUCCAGUUUCAUUCAUAUUGUUUUCUUAUACUUCCAUCUUUGUAGUUAUUUUGAGGAUGCGGACUGUGGAAAGAAGCUAUAAAACCUUCUCCACUUGCACUCCGCAACUUUUCAUUACUUUUUUGUAUUACUUGCCAAGGUGUUUUGCCUAUGUGGCUAAUAAUGUGGGAUUUUCUUUCAACUUAGAUAUCCAUAUUUUAGUGACACUCUUGUACAGUCUCAUUCCUUGUGUUUUUAAUCCACUUAUAUAUUGCUUCAAAACCAGAGACAUCAAAGACAGUCUGAUGAGGAAGUUGACAAGAGCGAAAGUUGGAAUGAAACAAGUUUUGAGAAAAAUAUAA